AUCCAUCCAGAGAACUCCCAAACGGCAAACGGUAGACCACUCACUCUUCAGUAAGCCCUCCCAAUGCUGUACCAAUAGUGUAUCGUGAACCGCGAAACCCUCACGGAGGAGCCGGUAAAGGAGGGCUACAACCGACAUAGCGAUCACCAAAUUCUCCGAAUGUUGUGUGAAGUGGAAUGUCUCCAACAUGUAGCAGUUCCGACAAAAGACGUGGACACAAACGGAACGGUUCCCACAAGUUCGAUUGUGAGCAGUCUCUUAAAACAGUUGAAAAUGUGCAAAGCCUUAGAGGAGUUCGGUUACUUUUUAGGAGUAACCAAGUUAAAAAACAUUGGUACCGGAAGAAUUAACAACGAGUCUUUGAAGUAUAUCGACUUUCUGGUAGCCUUCAACUGUCGAACCCUUUUGCCCGUCAAGGGUGAAGUCAUGGUCGGCAUCGUGCACUCGAUAAACAGAUUCGGGGUUUUCUUGAAAUCUGGACCCAUGAAGAUCGUUUAUCUAUCGACUCGAAAGAUGCCAAAUUAUUAUUACUUUGUGGAAGAGGAAGGAAAACCUGUGUUUCUGAGUAAUGAUUUGUCAAGGAUCGAGAAGGAUGUGGUGAUACGGUUCGUGGUUUUUGCAACGAGAUGGAACCAGAGGACUCGUGACAUUCGUGUUCUGGCUAGUAUCGAAGGUGAGUCGCUUGGACCGGUUACUAUGGCCGGUUUCGAUGGGUUCGAUAUCUAGAUAGUUUGUUUUAAAUCAAGUUGGUGGUCAUAGUUGUAUAAAAAUGUUCUUCUUGUUGAAUUGUAUACUGGUAAGUAAAGUUUACAUCAAAAAGUCAAGGUCAAAGUCAAUGAAUAUGGUUUUUGUUUUGAAAA